AUGCCAACAGGCAAGUGGACCUCGUCAAUCUUGCCCAGCCAAUCCGGUGCCAGCAUGCCUUCAUUCUUGACAGACAAUCGUCAGGAUUAUUCGUCUCUCGGAUGGAACGACACGAAAGCCGACUUUCUGUACUCCACAAAGCCGUAUUUGGUGGAAGGUCAAGAGGAUCCGGAGGAGGAGGAGGAGCAGAGGCAGAUGGAGAUAGAUUUGGCGAUGACGGAAGAAGAAGAAGAAGAAGACGAGGAGGAGGAAGAGGAAGAGGAAGAGGAAGAGGAGCGGGUUUUCGAGUCUGCUGUCAGCAAAGUGCAAUGUUCCUGGUUUUCCACGCGACGGGACGACUUCGACGCCGCCAAGGCCGGUUCGCUUGCCCACGAGGAGCCGAUCAAGACGAUGGGCUUUCUGGAGUCAUCUGACAUCGCCGGCUCCGCUUGUCUCUUGGCAGAAUAG